GCCGAAUUGCUGCUCAAAAUUUAACAGUCAUAAGCAUAUGAUUUGAAAAAAUAUAAACUGAUCUGUUUAACUUUUCAAGUUAUUGCAUUUGAAAAUGCUGUUAAGAUUUUUCAAACAAAUCAUCCAUCAUUAUAAACUGAUUUAAAUUGCUAUAAACUCUAUUGGCUAUCAAUUGUCAUCUAAAUUGUAUUUAUAUUUGAAUCUUCUCAUUUUAGUUUGUUACAUUAGUUGCAAAUCAUUGAAAAUCAAUGUAGCUCUAAUUGUCACUUUUAAAGCAACUGUGCCUUGGCUCAUCUGUGACCAGAAUACAUUUUUUACCGCAUCCAUCUGAAGCCAAUUACAUUUUGUGUGAUUCUUCCAUUCCAAAGCAUGCGAGGUCAAUCUUUCAUCAUAUUCGUCUUUUGUUCCUUUGGUUUUACGCACUGUUCGAUUGACUAUCAAAUAAUGUUAGAAAAAACUGCGAAAGAAAUAAAUGAGUUUACAGAAGCUUUACGCUUGUCUGAGGAGCAAUUAGCGAAAGUUAACGAAACACAGAUCAUGGUUAGAAAUUUCGUUGAGAAGGUUGCUAAAUUUGUUGAACUACAAAAAAUUGUUUUACAGCCAAGUUGUGUUGCUCGUAAAUUUUCAAGACAAUCUUUGAGCCAAUAUGAUCAUAUUACGGCCGAUUAUCUCUAUCAAUGUGAAAAGCUUAUUAAUCGUACAGAUGAGCUCAGUCGUAUCAUUGGAUGUGAAACUGAGGCUAAAGAUUACAUUUGUUACCGAAUCCAUGUAACUGGUCCAUUGCCUGAGCCUGAUAAGGAUGGAUAUGAUUGUUAUAUGGUUGACAAUCCUUUUCAUGACAUCUUUAAGGAACAAUUGCCAGAUUUAAUUGUUCGUUCAUGCGUUCAUGCAAGUAUUCAUGUGAUUUCAUUUACAGUCAUUUGCGUAUUUCUUAUUGUUAUUUGUUUUCAAUGUCGUAAUGCUAGACGCCUUAAACGAGAGCAACCAGAAGAUAUUGAUAUUGAUUCUGUCAAAUAUAAUCGCUCAAAUUUUUGGGAUUGAAUGAUCUCUGUUUUAAUAACUUUUUAAUUCUGAUUAUUUUUUAAAAAAAAUAUUUUAAUUUAUUUUUAAAUUCAAUCAUCUGUAAUUGUUGAGAAAUUUCAACUAUUUUAAUGUAAUUCAUUUCUAUCAUAUUAAACAUCUCUUCAC